CACUAAACAUAGCUAAAUAUAACUAUUGUUAAAAAUUCUUCCUAACUAGAAUUAUGCUUCAGUGAAUUUGGGAAAAACCGAAAACAAGGUGCAAUAAACCAGCAUCAGAUUACAGACAUCUGAUCGAAAAUAGGUGCGUGAAAAGGUAAUGGUCGGAUUAUAAUUGCAGAUUCAGUUGCCCACAAAAUAACUACAGUGCAUAAUCCCAAUCAGGUCACACUUCAAUAAAACGAUUGCAACAAGUUGAUAAGUGGUAAAGGAAGAACGUGACAGUAAUUUUCUUCCACUAGAAAAAUUUCGCGUGUAGUACAAGCUUUAUCACGGAGAUAUUGGAUCUGUUUAAAUAUUUUGACGUUGACGAAAUGGAUUUCUGGGGGUUGUUGACAUUCAUAUUCCUGGUCAUGUUUUUUAUAAGCUGCUGCAGCUACUGCUGCACUGUAAAAAAACGUGGCGUCGUAUUGUCGACACCCGUUGUAGUGACAUCAACGACGCACACCGCACCGGGUGGUUACCCGGUCGCACAAAUGCCGCCUGCCACCGGCUAUCAACAGCAAGCCGUGUACCCGCCAUAUCCAACACAAGCAACCGCUCACGGACAAAUGCCGAUGCCGAUGCCAGCUGCGACAUCGCCUGCGCCUGGCGUGCAAGCCUAUGUGGCACCGUAUCCACCAAUGCCUACGGCUACUAUGAACCCACCCAGCUAUGAAGCCGCUGUGGCAGGUGUAGGGGUUGGUCAACCAAAUAAUGCAAGCAGCGGCUACGAAAAACAAGCUCCCUACAAUCCCAACUACAAUGCCUACUAGAAUAACGAGGCGUGGUUAGUUAAACUGUUGUCAAAGAACAGCAAAACCAUGUCGAUUUGAUAAAUACUAAUAUAUACAAACUUAUUUAUUAAGAAAGCCAUAUAACAAACGCAUGUGGUGCUGAUAAUUUUAAAAGUAUUGUUUUCUGCAAAAACGAUAACAAUAUAGUAUAUAGGGAGUGAAUAAGAAAUGUGCGAAUGCGAUGCUAUGCAAUGGAAAAUAAAUAGUUUCCUUCGGGGCGACUAUUCAGGAAAAUGCAGACGUGAAAAGUAAAUUUCAAAAUUUAAUGUACAAAUGUUUUGGAAAAAUGCAUGUCUUCUGGAAGCAAUUCAAAUUUAGCGUAAAUUUCUAAAACGGUAGAGGAAAUAAACGUAAAAUUAAAUUUAAAGACAUGAAAAGUAAAUUCAUAAAUUUAAUGCACAAAUGUUUUCGAAAAAGGUAUGUCUUCUGAAGAGUAUUUCAAAUUUAGUGUAAAUUUCCACAAUGGCAGAGGAAGUAUAUGUAAAAUUGUAAAAUUAUGAAUUAAUGAACUGAAAUUCAUAUUUCUGGUUUUCAUACACAAAUUAGCUCCACUCCUUAUUUUUGAUAUCUUUUAUUUACAAUACCUUAACCAAAGAAUGCUUUAACCAAACCUAAACAGAAGGAUUCUCGAUGUCUAACACGAUUGCACAGUAAGAGAAUCUCCCUUAUGUAUUAGUGGAUGAUAUAAAAACUAUCAAUAUUUCCUGUACCAAGUCUUACAACCGAAACGCUGUAAAAUCAAAUGUUUUUGAUUUAUUUUUAUAUUUUUCCUACAUUAUAAAUAAAUAAAAUAUUGGACUGCGUACAAAGAAAUUCAAUGUCAUGGUCUACAAAUCUCUCUUUCUCCGGUUUCAUACUAAAGAAUACCAAAACCACACAAAAACUGGGAAGAGUAUCUCCUGUAUCUUAAGUUAACAAUGAUUUGCUGCAGUGAGCAUAAAUGUUUCGACCGCAUGUAAAAUCUAUGUAUGGCAGUUACAAUAAUUAGACGAAGAAUGUGUAAUGAAAAGCUAACUGUUAUUGGUGUGAUAUACUGUAAGAUAUAAAAAAUUAAACUUGAACUAAAAUAUACAUACUUUACAAUAUCUCAGCUAAGUUUAUAUAAAGUUUAAGCGCAACAAUUAAAUUUACAUCAGUGGCAAAGUUUCAUUAUACUAUGAUAAUUCUCUACGAUUUAUAAACUAAAAUAAAGUUCUAUAUGUACAAUAUAAUAAAAUAAAACUGAAAAAAUAAACUGUUCCAUUUACCUGUUUUAUGUUCAAAAUUAAGAAAAUAAAAAUAUUAAAGCUACGCAUUAUAUAACGCAAUGGUUCAAUUAUACUGAA